GAGCUCUGCACGGCAAAGGAGCAACCACAGCGAGACGAGGCGAUCAAGGGGAUGCGGCAUCGGUACGCGGGAGCUGUCCAUCAGCACCAAAUCCCCGACGAAAAGCAAGGAAGCAGCAAGCAGAGCCAAGACCCAGUCGCUCCUGUUUUCAGCCUGCCGCCCCCGCCCUCUUCUCACCACCGAGAUCGCACUUUGACCACCGCCGCUCACCGCCAGAGCCUACAGGAGCUCCCCUGUCUGAGCCAACCUGUUCGGAGACCUGUUCACAGCGGCGACCCUCUACCUCUGGCGAGCUACGACACCGCCCAGAGACCUUCACAGCGCGGCACUGAACCGAGCACCGGGCAGCCGGCGCACCUGCAGCAGGAUCCCUGGGCCCCGGUCGGCUCUCAGCAGCAGCAGCAGCAGCAGCCGCCGCCGCAGUCGGAGAAUCAGCCUGUUUUUCCAAGCUGCCACUGCAGUUUUUCCGAGCAGGAGGCAAGCCUUUCUCAAAAUCAGCACCAUCUAGUCGAUCCUCUCCCACCGCAGCCCUCCCCACCUUUUCCACCGCCUAUACCACCGCCACCAACGUCGUCCUCCUCCUCUCUGCUGUUUUCCCGGGCAUCUAAAAGGGGGGAUCGUCUCCGAAGGAGUGCAAAUAAUUACCAACAGGCGAGCAUCGUGGAACGCUGCAGGGGAGGAGGAGGAGCAGGAGGGCACCGAGACCACAGGCAGUUGUUGCAGCAACAGCAGCAGCAGCAGCAACAGAAGCAGCAGCAGCACAGUCAUUUACGACUCCAACAGAGGGACCCCUCCCCUGAAGGAAUCCGUGCAAACUCGCAGAAAGGGCGCUCUUUAAAUGUAUGUGAGUCAACCGAGGGUAACAGGAGAGCAUUUGAGUCUCAGACUCAGGACCUGCAGAAGCAGCAGCAGCAACAGCAACAGCAGCAGCAACAGAUCCCACAAUUACGAGCGCAGCAACAGCUACUGGUGGGGAGCAGCUUGCCUAUCAACUACUGCGCCAGCGGCUCGGGAGAGCUAUGUAGGACUCACCAGGCUCCACUGCUGCAACAGCAAGAGCAGCAGCAGCAGCAGCAACAGCAACAGCGGCAGCAGCAGCAGCAGCAGCAGCAAGGCGCUCUGGGGCUCUGUCCCCAGCGUCCGCAGCACUGUGAACAAGACCGCAAUAAGUCUGGGAGGAUCUCCGCGCAAGGCGGCCAGGCGCAACCACACAGCCGCGACUCCCGCGUAACGCCCCCGUUAACACAGCAAACAUACGCGGGGAACUCGUCUGCGACUGUCAGCAACAGCAGCAAAGACAGCCCCAACUACGGCUCGAGCUAUCACCUGUGGCCAGAGAGCCCACAUAAAGGAGAGGAGAGGAUACGCAUCGACCUCCAUAAGGCCACUACUGAGCAGAAGAAGCUGAGCCAUGCUGGAUCCAAGCCCUCCCUCUCCGAGAGCAGCGGCCGACUCCCUCAGAUAGCCAUGAACACCUGCAAGUACAAUGGCGGAGUGGUGAGACCACUAGUGGGCAGCCUGGCGUCCUCGUCGCGCCGCAACCUCGCAGAGCUUGACUCGGAGACGCAGCCGUUGCAGACGCUGCAUAGCUCUGGCCUGGAGGUGGUGGUGUCCAAGGGCAACGGCGGCGAAGACCCCAGCAAAGCGUCCAAUGACAGCUUGGUUAGGGAGGGCAGUGGGCGUGGUGGAGGCAGGGCACCGCAGAAGAAGAACAGGGACAUUGGCUACAAGCUCGGCCACCGGAGGGCUCUGUUUGAGAAGCGGAAGCGGCUCAGUGACUACGCACUCAUCUUUGGGAUGUUUGGGAUUGUUGUCAUGGUGACAGAGACAGAACUGUCAUGGGGGGUUUACACUAAGGAAUCUUCAUACUCAUUUGCACUGAAAUGCCUUAUCAGCCUUUCCACUGUUAUAUUGCUUGGUCUUAUAAUAAUGUACCAUGCCCGGGAAAUCCAGCUCUUUAUGGUUGACAAUGGUGCGGACGAUUGGAGGAUAGCCAUGACGUAUGAGCGGAUCUUCUUCAUUGUGCUGGAGCUGCUGGUGUGUGCCAUCCAUCCCAUCCCGGGCCAGUAUGUCUUCACCUGGACAGCACGGCUGGCCUUUACCUACACACCGUCGGUGGCCGAUGCUGACGUAGACAUCAUCCUCUCCAUCCCCAUGUUCCUGAGACUCUACCUGAUAGGCAGGGUCAUGUUGCUCCACAGCAAGCUGUUCACUGAUGCUUCGUCUCGCAGCAUUGGUGCCCUCAACAAGAUAAACUUCAACACACGCUUUGUCAUGAAGACCCUCAUGACCAUCUGUCCAGGAACUGUUCUGCUGGUGUUCAGUAUAUCCUCCUGGAUCAUUGCUGCAUGGACUGUGCGCGUCUGUGAGAGGUAUCAUGACAAACAGGAAGUGACCAGUAACUUCCUGGGAGCCAUGUGGCUCAUCUCGAUUACCUUCCUCUCGAUUGGCUACGGGGACAUGGUACCACACACGUAUUGUGGGAAAGGCGUGUGUCUGCUUACAGGGAUUAUGGGAGCUGGCUGCACUGCACUUGUGGUUGCAGUGGUAGCCAGGAAGCUAGAGUUGACCAAGGCUGAGAAGCAUGUCCACAACUUCAUGAUGGACACACAACUCUGCAAACGAGUUAAGAACACAGCUGCCAAUGUACUCAGGGAAACAUGGCUCAUCUAUAAACACACUAAAUUGGUCAAGAAGAUAGAUCACGCCAAGGUGCGGAAACACCAGCGCAAGUUUCUCCAAGCCAUUCACCAAGCUCAGAAACUGCGCAGUGUGAAGAUGGAGCAAAGAAAACUCAAUGAUCAGGCCAACACCUUAGUGGACUUGGCAAAGACCCAGAAUGUGAUGUAUGACCUGGUGUCAGAGCUGCAGGAGCGCAGUGAGGAGCUGGACAAGCGCAUCGGCACAUUGGAGGACAAGCUGGACUCGGUGACGGGCAGCCUGCAGGCGCUGCCGUGCCUCAUCUCCCAAGCCAUAACCCAGCAGCAGCAGGACUUCCUGGACGGCUUUGUUCACCGCUUUCGGCCCGCCUCACUAGCCUCAGAGCGCUCUGAACGCUCCGAGCGAUCCUGGACUUCCACCGCCCGUAGGCGGCGCUCUCCCUCCACAGCACCACACACCUCCUCUGAUAGCGGAUAACCUUGACAAACCUUCUGCAAUCACCUUGGAGCCCCACCUUUCCCAAAUCAACUUGUCACCUCAUUCUGUCACAUCCAAAGCUGCCCCUGUAACCGCUGACAAGUCCAUAUCUGGACUAAAAAUGAACCCAUAUCUUGGCCCCUGACCUGAUCCCCACCCAACAUCAAAUCCAAAAACCAAUUCCUCUGUGACUGAGCCUCUCAGCACAGGACUGGAUCAGAGCUACUCCAAAAGAACAAAGAAAAGCAAACAGACUUAAAUCAAGGGAAAAAAAAAACAUAAAUGCAUCCAAAAAAGAAAAAGAAAAAAAUUUUAAAAUGACUGAAAAACCGAGAUAAAGUAGAGAUAUGGUUUAUGUUUUAGCCAUUGUAUGGCUGUUCAAGUUAGCUUUUUUGUAAAAGCCCUUGUAUAGUUAAAAAAUGACUGAGUUCAGGGUCGCUGGGGUGAGAGCUGGCUAUCACACCGGAGAGUCCUUAAACACGAGGGGGGAAGUUGGUCUGUGGAGCUGAGGGCCUUGGCUCACCUGCUGGCCCUCUGAGGCCAUGGAGGACAUACGUCCACCCAUCUGUCCGUCUGUCUGAUUGUAUGGUGAGGAGAGCGAGACAAACCAAUAGAGUUCCCUUUCAGAAGACUAGAGUCAUGGAUUCUUUCCCAUAGGUUAGGGUGAAAGCUUUAGAAGAGGCUAUGAAAGUUCUGACUUCAGUGUAUGAAAAUGUGCUUGAUGGGGAGGGGAAACAGUCUCACAAAAGAAGAGCAAAGGGGAUGCAUAUGGCAUUACUACUGGGUUGGAAAAAUUUACACAGUUGCCAACUUCAAGGUUUCAGCUUCCUUGUUCUUACAAAGGGAAAAUGAGAGCGACUAUCUUUUUUAGUUACAUAUUGACGUGAUUUUUCAGUGCCUGAAUGUAUAAAUAGUAGAGGGUUAUUUAAUUACUAAUUUCAGAGCUUUUUUACAACAGUCUGAAUACAGCAUUGCAUUCCUUUUUCAGAUACAUUCCUCUCCAAAAAUCUAAAGAAAUUGUCUUAAUGUAAUGCAUAACAUUGCCUCCAUUACACAGCAACUCUAAAUGUUUUGAAAAUCUUUUUUUUUUUCUAUUUCUACUAACACUGCGAGAAAUGAAAAAGUUCAGAGGAUAAGCAAAAUUGAGACAGACUGAGAGAAUAUUUGUGAAUGUGUUUGUCAGAGAACAAGUUCACUUUUAGCUCAGUGCUGCACAUUCAUACACACAACAAUGAAAUAUGUAGUAGUCUACCUUUCUCACCACCACUGAUUAGAGCUUCCUGUGGUCUUCAGAUAAUGGCAUGGCUUGGGGUCUGCUGGUAUAUACAGCUACACUGGCACACAUCACCGGUCGAACUGAGAAAAACAACCCUGCCCCUCUGCAUGGUUCUGUGCAAACAUGACAAUGAACACAAUUUUCCCCGGAUGGCUUGAUGAUUUUACAUGUUUUACAUGAUUUUGAUUCAGUUGUUUACUUUUCUUUGUUUGUUUUUUUGCCUUUCUCUCUUUUUGUUAUUUUUUACUAAAACUUUCUUUUUUUACUAUAGGAUACCUUGGGUUUAUAGAGUUGCUGAGCCUAGAGAGUUGCAGUAAUUUGAUUCUGAAAUGCAUUCCCUGUUUAAAAUACUCGGUGAAGAAAAAUCACCAUUGCAAACGAAUCCUGAAUGGGUACAAAUAAAAGUGCUGAACAAACUUGAUGAUAUGGUCCCUCAUCAAGUUUAAGAGAAUAGUUUGACAUUUUGUGCUUUCAUGCAAAUAUUUUUCUUCGCUUUCUCGUUGAGUGUUCAGUGAGAAGACUGCUACCACCUUCGUGCCAAUAUGGUAGACAGGAAGUAAAUGCUAGCAGCUAGCCGCACUCAGUGAGAUUAACACAUUACACAUUCGUACUAAAACUAUUAUGUUAAUGUUAAUGGUCACCUCCUGCAGUCUUCACUGAUUUACUGACAACCUCACGGAGACGACAAGACUCUAUAAAACCACAACUUAUUAUUUAUGCAAUUUUGUAACACUAGUCCCCUCUUUUCUGUCUUGUGGCAUCAAUCUUCUCAUCCAACUUUCAGGCAAGAAAGUGAAUCAGUGUAUUUCUCAAAAUGUGAAACUAUUUUCUUGAACAAUACAGUAUCAGACCUCUGUUUUGUAUUUCUAAAUGACACUGAACAUAAAGAUAGACGAGAAAUUUGAAAAUUUUAAAGGCAUGGUGAAUGGCGCAUCCUAGUGUUGUGAUGACAAAUUAAGGAUCUUCGAAGUUAUUUUUUUUCCAAAGUUACAUUUAAAAGGCAGAGCAGGAAGUCAGCGAGUUAGCGGGCUAGCAUGCUGUCCUAAAGUAGUUUGAAUGGUAGAUAAUCUGAGUCCCAAAAGGAUGUUAGUGCUAAAAAUUGUCUUUAAAGCCCCUUAAGCUAACAGGCAAAUAAUAUCAGUAUGAUUUCCUGGAUUAUUUCCAAACUGCUUCAGGCUGAAUCUGGUCUAAGUCAAGGCCUUGGAGACAGUGAAUGAGUCCACUCUCCCACAGGCUCUGAACUGAGCUCUUCACUUAAGAACAUCUUCGGUUUGCUACAAGUGGAACUUAAUCAAGCAUGAAUAUUAGCUUUUUUCCUUUCAACUUGAGUUGAUGAAGCAUGAGUCUUUACUGCGCCCACCUCUAGCUGCUUUUCGUACAGUGCUACACUCCACCCUUCCACUAUGAAGGGAUCUAUCAUGCCAUUACAGUCUCUGUUUCAAUCAGUGUCAUCCAAUGAGUGAGGAAGGCUAGUGGAAGAUUAUCUGCUUGAUUGCAACCUCACCUGCCUGUUUGUAUCUAAGGUUUCCACCUCUUCAUUACAUCGAAGGUUUAGCCUCGCGUUUGUCAUCUGUCAUCAUUAAGAACAGCAGUCCCCCAUAUACAAAGAGGCUUCUCAAAUGGCCUACAGCAAAGACCUUUGAGAGGUUUGAAUGAAAAGAAAAAAAAACAGAAAGAAAAGAAGGAGGAGGGGAACCCCCAGGUCAUGUUCCAUGUUGCACUCAGUGUGUAGUAUUCAGUUACAUCUGAAAGGAUCACAGAUGCUGAAGUGUCUCCUACAGAGGGAUGUGAAAGUGUUGGUUUUAAGGACUUCAGCAGCAGAAUGUGGGGAGAGAGUAGAUUGAAAAAAGACAAAAGUGAGAGCACAGAGAGCAACAGACAUUUGCCAUUAAAUGAGCUAUUGGGGGAUGUCCCAGAGUAAACAGGACAAAUGGAAAGCCACAAGGGCAAAUGUAGCUGGGUGCAACGCACAGCAUGUUGUGAGUAUGCACUACAAAAACAAUAUUUGGAAAGGAUAUGAGGAGUUUGAAAUUCUAGCAAAUUAAAGACAAAAGUUUCUAAUUUCACACCUUUUUAGCUAAUGUAGGUACAAUCAGGUUCUUUUGUUUUUUUGCUGUUUUUUUUGUUUGUUUUUGUUUAUUUACCCCGUUGUAAAGGUUUCCUUUUUUCAGUCUUUAUUCUGCCACGAACAAAGUCCUGCCAAAACACCAUUCCAAUAUUUAAUCGUGAUUUUCUCCAAAAAAAAUUAAAAAUACACAGUAUUUUGUAGUAAAGUGAGGGACAUUCAUGAUGAUGAUAGGUGAGUUAAAGUGAUAAAUGCAUCCCAGUCUUUUAUUAUCCUGAAAUGUAGGCUUUCCUAUAGUGCAGGGAUCAGAACACAUUUCUACUGAACAAUAACAAAGUGAAAAAAAAAACCCAAAACUGAAGAAAUGUAACCCAAUCAUUGUUCUGUGUACACUGCCACAUGAUGCAUAAUGUACGUAGUAGCACUGGAAUAAAUUAACUUUUACUGGAUGGCAUAUGGAUUUAACAUGUUCUCUGUAUACUGUACGCUGUUCCUUCAUUUUGCAGGUGAACUUUUGUCCUAGCAAGGAGAGACACCAAGGUCAAAUCAUUAAAGACUAUCUUCAGCUAUGA